AUGAAUGUCCGAGUCGUACCCAGGUCAUCCUGCCCAGUUAAGUGGCGGGCACCGGACGCGCGCAGGUCCCCCGGGCUGACACCGCCGCGGCGCCGACAGCCACGCCAGCAGCCACGCCAGCGCGGACGCGGCGGGCCCGGGGUCCACGUCACAACAGCCGUUCCCCCCGCGUCCCUCCCCGCUGCUCCCGCGCCCCAGGCCAACUCGGGCCGCCCGGCUCCGCAGGUCGAGAGCCAGGCUUCUGGGGAGGGGCGGCAGAUGGACAACGGGCUUCCCCGCCAAGCCCCCUGCCCGGCCCCCUCCCCAGUCCUCGGAGGCCAGCCGGGCGCUCAGAGGGGGGCGGCGCCUUCCAAGUUCUCCGACUCGUCGCAGCCGCGGAGACCCGGCUUCCCCCCGCCCCCGGCCUCGCACCCGCAGAGAGGCCUCCCACACACCUGCAGGGGCUCGGCCACCGCUCCCGGCCCGCGCAGGUUCCAGGCCCCGCCCUCUGCCGCACCGCGGAGACCUGCAGGCCCCGGAGUCCUAUCCCGCCCUGGGGCAGGAGACAGAAGAUGGCGACUGUCAAAAGGAGGUGGAAUUGCGCAUGCCCAAAAGCCCCGCGCGCCUCACUCUGGAACUACGCUUCCCAGAAGCCUCGAUCGCAACUUCAUUUUGGAUGACAUAUGUACUUGCGCCCUAGCCGUGGAGAGUGCUGCGCAGGCGCAGCUCCGCCAUCUUCCUAGUACCCCUCCUACGCCUACAGGUUUAGCGAAGCCCUAUAUUCCGUUUCCAGAUUUCCCAAUAACUCUCAAGGUCCUGGUUGCCCACCUUCCUAACAGCAGAGGAGCCAAUAGGACAGUGUCCCAUAGGAAGGCAUUUUACCCACUGGUGUACAGAGUAUUUGUAGGCAGACUGAGCAAAAAUGUGCUGUUUCAGGGGUCACUGUCAUUUGGGGAUGUGACUGUGGACUUCUCCUGGGAGGAGUGGCAGUGCCUGAACCCUGCUCAGAGGACCCUGUACAGGGACGUGAUGCUGGAGAACUACCACAACUUUGUCUCAUUGGGGUUUCUCAUUAACAAGCCAGAGGUGAUCUUCAGAUUGGAGGAAGGGGAAGAGCCAUGGAUAGUAAAGGAAGAAUUUCUGUACCAGAACUACCCAGGUGAGUUAGUGAGUACCAGGAAGGUUAGUGAGGAAGCCAGGAGAGAUUACAAUCUAAGUGGGGAGAAACUUUAUAAAUGUAGUGAAUGUGGGAGGUCCUUUUACAAGAAGUCAUCCCUCAUUCUACAUGAGAGAACAUACACGAGGGGGAAGCCCCAUGAAUGUAAUGAAAGUGGGAAAACUUUCACCUUCGCUCAACAUCAGAGAACUCCUACAGGAGAGAAACGCUUUCAGUGUAAUGAAGACAGUAAAACUUUCUGUCGGCAGUCAGACAUAAAGAGACAUCAGAGGAUGCACACAGGGGAGAAACGCUUUCAAUGUAACGAAUGUGGUAAAACUUUCCAUUGGCAAUCAGACAUUAAGCUACAUCAGAGAACUCACACAGGAGAGAAACCCUUUCACUGUAACAAGUGUGGUAAAACUUUCUAUCGGCAGUCAGAUGUUAAUGCACAUCAGCGAAUUCACACAGGAGAGAAACGCUUUCAGUGUAAUCAGUGUGGUAAAACUUUCUAUUGGCAGUCAGACGUGCAUGCACAUCAGAGAACUCACACAGGAGAGAAACCCUUUCAAUGUAACAAAUGUGGUAAAUCUUUCCAUAGGCAGGCAGACGUUAAUGUUCAUCAGAGAACUCACACAGGAGAGAAACGCUUUCGAUGUAAUGAAUGUGGAAAAACUUUCUACCGGCAGUCAGACGUUAAUGCACAUCAGAGAAUUCACACAGGAGAGAAACCCUUUCAAUGUCAUCAGUGUGGUAAAACUUUCUAUCGGCAGGCGGACGUUAACGUGCAUCAGAGAACUCACACGGGAGAGAAGCGCUUUCAAUGUAAUGAAUGUGGUAAAACUUUCUACCGGCAGUCAGAAGUUAACGUACAUCAGAGAACUCACACAGGAGAGAAGCCCUUUCAGUGUAAUGAAUGUGGUAAAACUUUCUAUCGACAGUCCGAUGUCAAUGCACAUCAGAGAAUUCACACAGGAGAGAAACCUUAUAAAUGUAACGAAUGUGGGAAAUCUUUUUACGAGAAGUCAUCCCUAACUCGACAUGAGAGAACUCACACGGGAGAAAAACCCUAUGAAUGCCAGGAGUGUAGGAGAACUUUCUGCCAGAGGUCAGCCCUCACUCAACAUCAGAGAACUCACACGGGAGAUAGACCCUUUCAUUGUAAUGUGUGUGGCAAAACUUACCGUCAUCUCUCAGCUUUCAACGUACAUCGGAGAACUCACACAGGAGAGAAACCCUUUCAGUGUAUUGAAUGUGAGAAAUCUUUUCUUACAAAGUCGACUCUUAUUAAUCAUCAGAGGACUCACACAGGGGAAAAGCCCUAUGAAUGUAAUGAAUGUGGGAAGAGUUUCCGUCAUAAAUCUACCCUCACUACCCAUCUGAGAACUCACUCAGGAGAGAAACCUUAUAAAUGUUGUGAAUGUGGAAAAGCUUUCGGGCGGAAAUCAGCCCUUACAAAUCAUCAAGGAAUUCACGUAGGGUAG